ACAAAACCGAAAACUGCAAUGUUUCGCGUCUUCGGGAAGAAUAAACCUGUGAAAAUUAGGAGUUAUAAUGAUAACAGAAAGUACGGAGUUGCAGCAAAAGAUGUGAAGGAGUUGCUUAAAAAAGGCUGCAAGUUAUUACAGUUGCCACUUUCUGGUGCACAUAUUUGUUUGUGUGCGGAUGGGACAAAAGUGACAGAGGAAUUCUUCCCGACUCUGCCGGACAACACUGAACUUGUUCUUCUCUGUAGAGAUCAGACAUGGAGUGGGGUUGUGUGUGACAUCGGGCAGUUACUGAGCACAGACCGGCACGCCGAUGGCCUCAUUGAAGCGGCGAAAGGGCUCUUGUCUGAUGAGCAGUCUCCUAAGAGGCGAAAAAUCCUGACUGACCUGCUGCUGAACCUGGAGGACAGAUCUGAGCUGGAGAGCAGAAAGGAGGAUGAAGACUGGUUCAAAGGUGUUGAUGCUCGAUUCAAGACAAAGUCUGCCUACAUGAAGUUCAACUGUGAAAGCAGGAUACGUGGCUACAUGAAGGAGGUGGAUGAUGCCACCAAAGCCAUACAGAAGACUAAAGUCAGGGCAGAGUAUCUGAAAACAUCAAAAUGCCUGGGGGAAAUGCUGAAGACGGCAAGGUACAACGGCUGUUACUUUGACAGGACUGAAAAGGAGCCGGAUCGCCUCUGUACUCAGGAAGGAUGGUUUACCUGCCAGGGAUCAUUUGACCAGGAAGUGUGCCAGUCUCUCCACUCCAUCAACCCCUACGGCAGCCGGGAGAGCAGGAUCAUCUUCAGUACAUGGAAUCUGGACCACAGGAUUGAAAAGAAGAGGACGGUCAUUCCCGCUCUGGUGGAAGCUCUACAGAAGCACAAGAGCACCGACGUUGACGUGAACUACUUCUACCGCCUGCUGUUCACCAGGGAAAACCUGAAGCUGGUUCACAUCGUGUGCCACAAGAAAGGAGCUCACAACCUGCUGUGUGACACCAAGAAGAUUUUUAGACAAGCCAGUGACACAGACAAGGGAAAACUGACAGCCAAAGGGAAGAAGAGGCGCUUGGUGUGACUUACUUUUAUGGAAACAUUUUUUGUAUUAAUUUGUACGAACUGUGACACCUUAUGUGCUGCACUGAAAUUAUGUGAAUAUGUAUCUCAGGUCCACUGUAGCAUCAGAUCGAUGACAAAGUGACCUUUUACCUCACUUGAUUUUUGACCAUUAUUUAAUUCUGCUUCCUGAAUCUGCAGGACUUUAAUACAGACACAAGUGAUUAAAAACACUUUCAGAAAUCAUGAAAACCAUUUAUUUGUCCUUUUCUUUUGGCACGGUGAUGUAAAAAGCACGAGUUGAUUACAAUGACAGCUGAAUGCAGGAGGCACUCACUCAGUGAGAAAGUUGCAUAGGAGAAUAUGAAAAGCAUUUUGCAUAAAUAAGGCAGUAAAAAUAUAUAAAAACAUUUGAUUGGAUGGUCAGAACAAUCAGCUAUAUACAAAAUACUACAACAGAUGUGAAUAGCACUAGUGCAAUUACAGUAACCCUCAAAUUACUAAAUUACAUUUUCAAAGUCAGGUUAAAGUUUGCUUUACACACUGAACACCUUUAUCAGAAACCUCAAUGUUUUUAGUCCAUGUUUUUCUUUUAAUACAUUCCUCAUAUAAAAUUGUCAUGUUUGCAAAUGAACCUAUCAGGAAACUAUUAGCUGUCAAGUUAAAACGAUGAGCAGCUGCCAAAAAGCACAAAGAUGUGUCGAGGAGGAAUAUUUGACACUUGUGAACAAUCUUUCUUAUAAAAGAAAACUGCUGACAACAUUCAUCUUUGAAGUUUUGAUAUUAAAUGCUCCGACUAUG